AUGUUAGAUAAUCCCAACGAGGCAAUCUUGCCAGACUUCAUGACCAUGGAGUAUGCCACGGCCAGGGCUCGUCUAAUCGCUAGAGGUCUCGCGAACGAAGAAGCAGCUGCGGAAGCGCUUGAAACCAUCUGGACCUUCAACAAUGAUGCUGCCAAAGACGCUUGGGCAGAGCAAGCGGAAAUAGAACUAAGGCAGGCUCAAGAAGCUCGGCGGGUCGCAGCCGAGCAAGAGCAAGAAUGGCAGCAAGCGCUCGAAGACGAACUUAUUGCAGCGCGCAAGGAAGAGCACAAGAAGAAUAAAGCUAAAUUCGUCCCUGUCUCUACAGCUAAGAUACCAACCAUCCCUACCGUCAUCCCUUCUAACUAUGCUGUACGCAAACUUAAAACUGGGGAUUACUGCGAACUCUUUUACUUCACCAACAAAGGCCUGUCCGAAGCCAAGAAGAAUCUUCUCUCAACAGAACCGCAAGGCUUAAUCCUGGUCCCGGGCGCAGACGGCCAACAGAUGUGGGUUAACGCGGAUGAAACCCGCAACUCUAAAACUGUCAUCAUCAAGGACGAGAAUCUAUCUUGGGAAGAAUUCAACGAAGCCGCACCGCGCAUGAUCACGGCUAUGAAGCAACAAGAAUGGCCAGAAGAUCGCAUUAACAUGCACAUAAUUUUGGACAGCUCUUCAAAAUCAUCGUUGGCGUCAUGCUACGGACCUUCUGAAGCAACGUGCACUCUUACUCUACCAGAGUCAGCAACGCAGAAUGUGGCACCUCACAGCUGGUGGUCCGCACGGAUGGUCUAUAGCGGAGCUCAAUCAAGAGCUCAUCCUCAAAGUGAGAGAGGAGAUUUUCAACAUAGAUCGCGAUCAAGCCCUCGCGACACUCAGACAGGUACGAGAAUCCUCUUACAAUAG